GAACCUUUCGUUCCUCACCCGCUAGAAAUAAGAGAAACGAAGAAAACGAGCUCUCAUGGCAGCUACUGCCGAGCUCUUCACAUCUACUUCUUUCCUUGAAAGAUUUUCUCGGGUUUCCGCCAUUUCUAGGGUUUCAAAUCCUCCAACCCGAUUCUCCCAAAUCCUCUCCAGAAAUCCGUCAUCUAACCUCGUCUCUUUCAAAUCUUUCUCAAAUCUCGCCAUCUCCUCCGAAAAACCGCAAUCGGAAGGUCGUAGGAGUCGCACUAGACGCUUUUCUCAGCCGUCAGAUCGUGUGUUUUCUGACGGCGAUGAUGAUGAAGUAGUAGAAGAUGAGGCUGGUGGGACUGACGAUGAUGAGGUCAACGAGAUUCAGUCGUUCGAUUACGAAGCGCUUGAUGACGAAGCGCUGGAUGUCGUUAGAGAGUAUUCUGCCUCUUUAUCCCGUGAAUUGAGGAUAGAAGAGGAGACUACUGAUCAAAAGGCAAUUGAUGGAAAGCAAAAGAGGCAGAAAAUUUCAAUUAGACAUGUCCCUGACCAUCUUCUUCCAAGGGUUGCAAUUGUUGGAAGGCCAAAUGUUGGUAAAUCGGCAUUAUUUAAUCGUCUUGUUGGGGGGAAUAAGGCGAUAGUGGUGGAUGAACCUGGUGUUACUAGAGAUCGCUUGUAUGGCAGAUCCUUCUGGGGACAUCAUGAAUUCAUGGUAGUAGAUACUGGGGGUGUUCUCACUGUUUCAAAAUCACAGGCCAAUGUUAUGGAGGAAUUGGCAAUUACAACAACCAUUGGUAUGGAUAAGCUUCCACUAGCUUCCAGAGAGGCUGCUGUUGCAAGGAUGCCCUCAAUGAUAGAGAGACAAGCUACUGCUGCUGUGGAAGAGGCAUCUGUUAUCAUAUUUCUUGUUGAUGGACAGGCGGGUCUAACGGCUGCUGAUGUGGAAAUAUCAGACUGGCUACGUAAGAACUAUUCAAACAAGAAUAUCAUUCUUGCUGUGAACAAAUGCGAGUCUCCACGCAAGGGAUUCAUGCAAGCAUCAGAUUUUUGGUCCUUAGGGUUUUCUCCAUUUCCAAUAUCUGCUGUGACUGGGACGGGAACUGGGGAGCUUCUUGAUGUGGUUUGUUCAGAACUGAAAACAAUAGAGGAUUUGGAAAAUUCUGAUGAACAAGAAGACUAUAUUCCAGCUAUUGCUAUUGUUGGCCGACCAAAUGUUGGGAAAAGUAGCAUUUUGAAUGCUUUAGUUGGAGAGGACAGAACAAUUGUUAGCCCAGUGAGUGGGACCACUCGUGAUGCUAUUGAUACUGAAUUUACUGGACCAGAUGGGCAGAAGUACAGACUUAUUGAUACAGCUGGAAUUAGACGAAGGGCUGCGGUAGCUUCAGCUGGUAGCACAACAGAAGCCUUAUCAGUGAAUCGAGCAUUUCGUGCCGUUCGUCGGGCAGAUAUUGUGGCUCUUGUUAUUGAAGCCUUGGCUUGCAUCACGGAGCAGGAUUGCAGGAUAGCUGAAAGAAUUGAGAGAGAAGGGAAAGGAUGUGUCAUUGUUGUAAACAAAUGGGAUACUAUACCAAAUAAAAACCACCAGACUGCAACAUAUUAUGAGCAAGAUGUCAGGGAGAAGCUCCGUGAUCUUGAUUGGGCACCAAUUGCUUAUUCAACUGCAACAACUGGCCAUAGUGUUGAGAAGAUUAUUGCUGCUGCUGGUUUGGUGGAGAAAGAAAGGUCAAGAAGGCUAGGUACUUCCAUUCUGAAUCAAGUGGUACGGGAAGCACUAGCUUUUAAAUCACCUCCAAGGACCCGAGGCGGUAGGAGAGGGCGUGUUUACUAUUGCACUCAGGCAGCUAUUCGCCCACCCACAUUUGUUUUCUUUGUUAAUGAUGCAAAGCUUUUCCCUGAGACAUACCGGCGUUACAUGGAAAAGCAGCUAAGAGCUGAUGCAGGGUUUUCGGGUACACCAAUCCGCCUACUAUGGCGCAGCAGAAGAAAAAUGGAGAAAGAUGAAGGAAAGGCUCCAGCCAUCAAUGCACAAGCAUCCCCAGGUCGGAGUGCUGGAAAAUUGACAGUUGCUACUUGAGCUGAUACAACAGUUUUCUUCUGUGAGAGAACCGCAGCUCUUCCAAUACUGUAGUGCUUACUAGGGAGCCAUGGCUGCAACUGUGGGCUAAUGAGGCAAACUACCAUUUCUUGUAGUUGUAGUUUCUCUGUGCUCUCGCACUGAGGAUUGUGUAUAUAAGAGUAUUCUGUUUUGAUAGAAACUGAUGGAAUCUUUCCAAUAAAAUCUGUCUUCAGAAAUUUGGGGAUUUCAGAUAAA